GUUUCUCUUCGUGGCCCAUGCGUGCUAGACAAGGAGAGAGAAACGGGCGAGUCGGCACGGAGCAGAGGCCGAAGAAGGGUGCACGGAGCGUCGAUGCCUUCCAACAUGGCACUGGCGGUGGACUCGCCGGGUCGCACUCGAGUACGCGAACAAUGAGAACCGAUAGUGCAUUGGGGGUGUAUCAGUGCUGCUAGGCGGAUCAUCCCCCGCGGGAGCGUCGCAAGGGUGUGCUCCAAGUGCUCUGGGAGAGGCUUGGGUGAGACUGUUUUAGACAGGGAGAGAGAGAGAGAGAGAGAGAGAGAGAGAGAGAGAGAGAAGGAGGGAGAAGAAGACAGAAAAAGCGAGCAAGUGGAAAGAGAGACGGAACCAUGUCGCGAAGUCGCACGGGGCAGGGACGGCAGGCCAAUCCGGUGGCGGUCAUCUUACCCCGUGUCGAGUAACAAGCUGCUUACGUAACGGAUUAUUCUCGCUAUGAUAACGACACUCCAGACGCGAACGCGACACGAGAGGAAGCAGCGGAUCGUCAUCGUCGCCGGGAGAGCCGUCGCGGCGGCGCAGCGCGCGACCCCGACAGAAAUACACCGUAGUCGACCCGAAUCCCGCUUCUGAUAUCUCCGGAAUAUCUCUGGGAGAGCGUCACCCACUUCGCGCGUCUACCCCGUCGCGAGCGAGUCCUGGUGGCCUCGAGGUGCACGCGCGUGUGUGUAUGUGUGACUGCGAAUUAUGACAGCAGCGAUCGUCAUGGAAAACGUUAAUUGGGACCCUGCACUGUCCAAGCUGUUGAAUUCGCUGCAAGAGAGCAAGUCGGAGAUACCCAGCUGCACCGAGGAGGAAUUCGGCUUCCUGAGCGAGCUGCUGCAAUCGAAAGAGCUGAACGCCCUGGUGAACGUUCACAACAAGAUCCUCAACAAUGUCAAGGACGACAAGUUCUUUCCCGUGCUGUCCAACUCGAUGGACAUCGACAUCGAGGUCCUUGAUUUGCUCUCGACCAAGACGCACGUCUCCGCCGAGUGCAAGGAGCUCUUUUACUUGCUGCAGAAACCACAUAUCCAGGGUCUCCUCUGCGCCCACGACGCUGUGGCUCAGAAGGACUACUACCCGAGGCUGCCUGACAUCCCGUUGGAGGUGGACGAGGACGAGGAGACGGUGAAGAUCGUGCAGCUGGUGAAGUCGAAUGAACCCUUGGGCGACGCCGGCGUUGAACCGAUCGUGGGGGCGACUAUAAAAACCUGCGAGGUCACCGGCAAGAUCGUGAUCGCGCGAAUAAUGCACGGCGGCGCGGCCGACAGAUCCGGCCUCAUCCACGUCGGCGACGAGGUCUGCGAGGUCAACGGUAUCAGCGUCGAAGGGAGAACGCCCAGCUUCGUCCUGCACAUUUUGCAAAACUCGGAAGGGACGAUCACGUUCAAAAUUGUGCCCGCGGAUAGUAAGAGCGGAGUCAGGGAGAGCAAGGUUCGCGUGAGAGCGCACUUCUCGUACGUGGCGUCCGAGGACCCCUAUAUUCCCUGCAAGGAAGCCGGCCUGGACUUCGUCAAGGGCGACGUCCUGCACAUCGUCAGUCAAGACGACGCCUACUGGUGGCAAGCCAGACGAGAGGGCGACCGAAACAUGAGAGCCGGCUUGAUCCCCAGUAGGGCUCUACAAGAACGCAGGAUCCUCCUCGAGAGGCAGCAGAAGGAGAAGUCGGAUGAAGACAAUAUAAGCUUGUGUUCUGUUCCAGUGCCUUUGCCCGCAUUGUGCCCCCGUCCCAGUACCUCUUUGCACGCCUCGCCCACAAAGUGCAACUUGCAGGGAAUUAAAACUAAAAAAAUCAUGUAUGACGCUGCAGAGAACGACGACUUCGACCGAGAAGAGGUACCGACCUACGAAGAGGUCGCGAAACUCUACCCGAGGCCGGGUCUGUACCGGCCGGUGGUUCUCAUCGGGCCACCGGGGGUCGGCAGGAACGAGCUCAAGAGGCGGCUCAUGGCGACGGACGCCGAAAAGUACAAGACUCCCGUGCCCUAUACGUCUAGACCAUCACGACCGGGCGAGAUAAACGGCAAGGAGUACCAUUUCGUGACCCGGGAGAAGAUGGAGGAGGACAUCGAAGCUGGCAAAUUCAUCGAGUACGGCGAGUAUAAGGGGAACCUGUACGGCACCAGUUCGGAGAGUGUAAGUUCGCUCGUGAACGCUGGAUACGUGUGCCUCCUGAAUCCUCAUUAUCAGGCUCUUAAGAUGUUGAGGUCGCCGCAGUUGAGGCCGUAUAUCAUAUAUGUGAAACCGCCGCGUUUCGAGGUGCUGAAGGAAACCAGGAGCGAGGCUAGAGCCAGGUCGACCUUCGACGAGAGCAACUCUCGGGGCUUCACGGAUGAAGAGUUCAACGAGAUCCUGCACAACGCAGAGAGGAUAGAAUUUCUCUACUCUCAUCUGUUCGACGAGGUGAUAAUAAACGCCGAUCUCUCGAUGGCGUUCGAGCAGCUGGUCAACGCGAUUCACCGGGUGGAGUCCGAGCCGCUGUGGGUGCCGGCUUCAUGGGUUCAAUAAGACCGGCACUCUUCGUUCUCAAAAUCGAAGCGAGACGAGGCAUGCUACGAAAAGUAACAGCGGAAACGAAGACAUGAGAUCGCGAGGGACGCGCGAUCACUCGUCGAGGCCUGGCCGAAUCGAGCGUUCCUUGCGACGCUCGACGACGCUUCAGCACCUCCUGCACUUCCGGUACCCCGAGAGACGUAUGCAUACAUCUCCUCGCCCAUCCCGCCGCAUUUCGAGUCGCAGUUCACCACCUUAGAGAGAGAGGGGGAGAGAGAGAGAGAGAGAGAGAGAGAGAGAGAGACAGAGAGAAGAAAGGAAAAGAGCGCAAUCGCGUCCGUAGACUCGUAGUAAUUUCGUACCUCGAGCGCCCGUGAGUCUCGAUCCUCCGCUUCGUCUCGGUCGCGGGACGAAUCAUAGACGAAUAUGUAAAGUCUUUUUUUAUUAUGGAAUGCUGCGUCGUUCGUUGUUGGUUUGAUCGUUCGUUCGCGAGUGGAGCGAACGCGACGCGCGUGUCUUUUUAACGACGACGACGACUUCGACGUACGUCGUCGUCGUCGUAGGUUAAUUAGUCGAGCGCGAGAAACGUCGGAGUAAUCUCGAGGACGAGCUCGAGGCGGUUCGAAGUCGUCCAAGACCCGAGGUCCUUGUUCCCCGGGCGACUGUCGGACGUUUUUAGCGACGCUACGCGUAAUCGUUAGCACCCCUACUGCCAAGAAGCUUCGCCCAACGGCGGGAGAUCUUGCGUCGUCGUGGUCGAGCGGGGAACGGCGAAGCCGACGUUCGUCGGGUCCCGGCGACGUCCCGUCGCGUGAUGUCGCGACGCGAAAUCUCCGCGGUCAAAAAUUCCAGCCGUCAAAAAUUCCACUCCCGAGGCCGCGGAAAUGUCGCGCGACUCGGGAUCAAUGCUCGCGAUACGGCAGAUUCGCGUCGAGUUUCAUCUCGGGAGCUUCGCCGGAGAACCGAGAAAGAAAGUCGCUUACGCGGACGAUCUUUGAUCUCGAUUGUUGUUAAUUGUUGCCAAAUAAAAUAUCGUACCUUAUAGAACGCGACACCCGGACAGUCGCUUCACACAGACUUAUUGUAUUUUCCACAGCGGCAUACAACCCACACACACAUAUACAUACAUACACACAGACAAUGAGACACACUCGCAGAUACUGAGAGACUUCUUGCUAUCUUUCUUUUUCCACGAUAACGGAAGGAAUGCCGACACGUUUGAGUACACGUAAGGAGAAGAGGAAGAUGAAGAAGAAACUGUUCGCGCUAUCGAGUCGACGUUGCGUAAUUCAUCCUUGGUGUAAACUCUGUAUGUUACCAAAAUAUAAGUAUUAAAAUUUCA